AGGGGGUUAUCGGUCACGCCAUAAACAAUCCGCUCGGAUUUCACAAAUAAUAAAAUUAUGCAAACGCUUAUAACGAGCUAAAAACGCCGACGGUAUCGGAUUUCUGCUUACUCUCUAUCUAUUCGUGGUCACGAUCGCUCGAAAAUGACCUCGAAAGAAGCAACGACGGCGGAAGGUUUUCGCUGCGACGAGGGGUCUAGUUACUCGCUGGCGAAACGUCGAGACAGGGGUCGCGUCACGUCCGGCCUGACGCACGAGUGCGGCGUCUUCGGGGCCAUAGGGACCGGCGAGUGGCCGUCGCAGCUCGAGAUAGCGCAGAUCAUAUGCUGGGGCCUCGUCGCCCUUCAACAUAGGGGCCAAGAAUCGGCCGGAAUCGUAACUAGCGAGGGUAAGAGCUCGAAGCACUUCAACAUAGUCAAGGGCAUGGGCAUGGUCAGCAAUAUCUUCAACGACGACGCCAUGAAGAAGCUCAAGGGGAGCCUCGGCAUCGGCCACACGCGAUACUCUACGUCCGCCGCUUCCGAGGAGGUCAACUGCCAGCCGUUCGUGGUGCACACCGCGCACGGGGCUCUCGCAGUCGCGCACAACGGCGAGCUGGUCAACUGCGACAGUCUGAGGAAACAGGUCCUGAACCACGGGGUCGGACUGUCUACGCACUCGGACAGCGAGCUAAUCACGCAGGCGCUGUGCCUUAACCCGCCCGAAGGCGAACCGGACGGGGAACCGGACUGGCCCGCCCGGAUCAGGCACUUUAUGCAGCUCGCGCCUCUCAGCUACUCGCUCGUCAUUAUGCUGCGAAACAAGAUCUACGCGGUACGCGACCCGUACGGCAACAGACCGCUCUGUCUCGGGAAAAUUCUGCCUUUUAACGAGCCGCUGGACGGGGACUGUGAUGAAGCGCGAGAGGCCGAGGGUUGGGUGGUGGCUUCCGAGUCUUGCGGUUUUCUGUCGAUAGGCGCACAGUAUGUGCGCGAGGUCUACCCGGGUGAGAUUAUCGAAAUGACCCGGCACGGUAUCAGGACCAUCGACAUCGUGCAGAGGCCGGAAAACAAGGCUCAAGCGUUCUGCAUAUUCGAGUACGUGUACUUCGCGAGGACCGACAGUAUUUUCGAGGGCCAGAUGGUGUACGGGGUGCGGUUGCAGUGCGGCAAGCAGCUGGCCAUCGAGCACCCUGUAGAAGCGGAUGUAGUCAGUGCGGUACCAGAAUCCGGUAAUGCGGCGGCCCAUGGGUUUUCGAGACAGAGUGGGAUCUCCUUCGCCGAAGUGCUGUGUAAGAACCGAUACGUGGGGCGGUCGUUCAUCGAGCCGAGUAACCGGCUGAGACAGCUGUUGGUGGCGAAAAAGUUCGGCGCUCUGGGCUCUAUCGUCAAAGGCAAACGUAUAAUCCUGGUCGACGACUCGAUAGUCAGGGGCAACACGAUCGGGCCGAUCAUCAAACUGUUAAAGAACGCGGGCGCCCUCGAGGUACAUAUCAGGGUGGCCAGUCCCCCUUUGCUGUACCCGUGUUACAUGGGGAUCAACAUCCCCACUCGCGAGGAGCUCAUCGCCAACAAGCUCAAUUCUAAGGAGCUCGCCAAAUAUGUCGGCGCAGACAGUUUAGAAUAUCUGAGCGUCGAGGGGCUCAUCAAAGCGGUCAGGUACGACAUCAAAUCGAAAUCCAAUUACAAAAUCGGCCACUGUACUGCGUGCCUGACCGGCGUCUACCCGGGGGGCGUUCCCAUCGUCAACGGAGACCUUGACUGGUGAAGUACCAAUACUCGAAUUGCGAUUAGUAGGCCUCGCGAGCCGCUGUCACACGGUCCGGGUCUCAUUAGCGGUAGCGUUAAGUUUAAUUUAUUGAUUUUGUAUGUUUAAUAAAGAAAAUUU